AUGGCUUCUCCACUCACCCACAUCGCCGAAUCACCUUAUCAAGAAUUUGUUCGAAACCAAACCGACAUCCAUAAUAGAACUGGAGAAGUGUCUCGCACGCCCAUGACAAUGAUUGAUCGAGACGGCUCUGUUCUAAACGAGACUGAAGACUUCCGUCUUCUCUAUCAUAUCGUACUCCGAAACGAUGCGCUUGCCCUGAAGCAAUAUUUGACUGUCGCGCCUUGGGCUGUCGACAGCAUGAGUGCGCGCCCUGAGAGAGACGAGGCGCCCUAUGAAGGCAAUGAUUACUUCUUGCUCGCCACCCAAAAUGGAAAUCUCGACGUCCUCCAGAUUCUUUUAGAGCAUUACAAGAGAAAUCACGACUCCACCGAUGAGCUCCGAUUCAAAACGCGAGGGUACCAGCUGCUGAAUGAAGCUGCGAGAAGGGGACACAAUGAGGUCGUUCAAUUCUUACUUGACAGCCAGCCGUUAUAUGCAGGGAUCGACGAGCGUGAUUGCAAAGGCUAUACUGCGCUAGGAUCGGCUGCCAACAUCUAUUCCGUCAGGUACACCGACUCGGCCGACUGGCAAGAUGUCUGCGUCGACAAUAACGAGAAAGUCAUGCAUCUUCUCCUUGACUACGGCGCCAGCGCUUCUGAUAUUGUCCUCCCGAUGAACGAUAAGGAAGAGACACCUGAUACUGUUCUGACUUUAGCCGUGCAGUGGGCGAGCCCCAAGCUCAUCAAUCGACUCAUCAAAGGUGGCGCUGACAUCCAAGCCAAGGUAACAAAAUUCCCGUUCGAUCUGGGAUUCUGGAAUGAACGUGGCUACAUUUCCGAUAUCAACGCAUUUUGUAUUGCUUGCAUCAGCGCCAACUAUGAAGCUGUUCAGAGCCUUCUUGGUUAUCCAGGUGCUGACCGGGCUGAUAUGGUAUCCUCUCGUGACAGCCGUGGAAGUCUUCCCAUCCACUGGGCGACACGAAACCAAUUGCCAGAUGAGCUUCAGUACAUCCCGAUAUCAAUACUUCAGGAAAGGACACGCAAUAUCACAAAUGUUAUCAGAUUACUCCUGGAGAUCAAUGCGACAACUGUGAAUAUUCAAGAUGGAGACGGAAAUACACCCUUGCAUUAUGCGACCGGACAUUUUGGCCGCAGUGGCAAGUUAUAUACAAACAUAUUUGAACUUUUAUGUCAAAAGGGCGCCGACGCUGGUAUAUGCAAUAAAAAAGGCGAGACACCCUUGCAUACCUUGUUCCGCCGUGAUGGCUCCAACAUGCCUGUCGACGCCGUAUCUACCUUGCUUGCUCACGGCGCUAGGGUUACAGCUGUUGACAAUACCGGAAACACACCAAUGCAUGUUGCGUGCUGCAAUGCAAAUUCUGGGGAUGCUGUCUCGGUCUUGCUACAGCAUGGCGCUGACCCCACUCUGAAAAACUCCAAACAAGAGACGCCUAUUCAUAUGGUUGCCCAAUUUCGUUGUCCUCCAAGAGCGUCACGCAGCAAAGCCUCAGAGGUAGUGAGAGCACAAGAUGAUAUGAUAGAUAGACUGGCGAAGGCCAGAGGACCAGAAUUAAUGGACCUCAAAAAUACAGGUGGACAAUCAGCGCGACAGAUAUAUCAAGAUUCACGGGCGAAGUGGUUGGAGGGUGCGCGUGGAAACAAAAAUCACAGGCAUUGGGGUCGUAGGUCUGUUAUGAGCCGCUGA